UUUACUGAAGUCUUUGUGUCUCUCAGGUGUUCACCUUGUCCAGAACAUGUACGGCUGUGAAUGGGAUGAUGAGACAAAAGAGGUUAAUGGAUAUGAUCAGUAUGGUUAUGAUGGAGAAGACUUCAUAUCGUUUGACCUGAAGACAAUGACGUACAUCGCUCCCAAACCACAGGCUGUCAUCAGCAAAAACAAGUGGAACAAUGAGAAAGCUCGACUGUCAUACUUGAAGAACUACUACACCCAGGACUGUGUUGAGUGGCUGAAGAAGUAUGUGAACUACGGGAGGAGCUCUCUGAUGAGAAAAGAUCUUCCCUCAGUGUCUCUCCUCCAGAAGACUGCCUCCUCUCUGGUCACCUGCCACGCUACAGGUUUCUACCCCGACAGAGCCAACUUGUUCUGGACCAAAGAUGGAGAGGAGCUUCAUGAGAACGUGGACAAAGGAGAGAUCCUCCCCAACCAUGAUGGAAGCUUCCAGAUGAGUGUUGACCUGAAGGUUUCAUCCAUCACACCUGCUGACUGGGAGAAAUACCACUGUGUGUUUCAGCUGUCUGGUGUCAAAGACGACAUCAGAAUCAGACUGGUCAAAGCAGCGAUCUUGCCCAAACAUGUUCCAGGUCCUUCGGGGUUCCCUGUUGGUGCUGUUGUUGGAGGUCUUGUAGGACUGUUGGCCCUGGUCUGCAUCGUUGUAGUGCUCAUCAGGAGAAGUAACAAUAACGGCUUCAGCAAAGCGAGCAAUUCUGACACGUCGUCUUCUUAGGCUGAAGAUUCAGACCCUAAGAAGAAGAUCAGCGAUGAACAGAAGAUCAUGAUAAAAUAAAUGAAUGUAGCAUCAACAAAUCUCAGAGUCGUCGGUUUUAAUCUACAAAAUCAGGCAAAGUACAAAAUCUGAGCUGAAAUCAAAUUUUCUCAGAUGUUUCUAAAUCUCCUCUCUGAAGAAUAUUGCUGAUUGUUUUGUUUGGAUCAUUUUUUUUCCAGUUUACCUGCAUUCAUGGUUCAUUUCUGUCCACACGCUGCCUUUAAAUGCAGUUUGUGGAUUUUUCUUGUUAAAUGUGCCGUCAGAAGUUUGACUGUGAGUGAGUGAAUAACAUUUGGUGAGAGGUGAUGCUGCUGUCCAGAUGUCAGCAGAUGUUUUGUGGGAGAAUUCACUGCAGCAGCUAUCUGAGGUCAACGACAUGAGAGAACAGAGAAACAGCUUCUUGUUCAUGUAGGUAAACAGAGCCUUGCGUUUGAAUUAAUGAACACUCGAUUGUCCUUUUGUCAGUCGAGUCCAUCAAACAAUUAAAACGAAGCAGAUUUUGGUUGAACGCGGUUCGUUCAGGAUCUGAGUGUCUCAGCCCUCUGACAUGUCGGACUGAAGUUCAGAUCUCUGUGGUUGUAAAUAGUCUCUAAUCUGAAUCUGUGCAGCUGUUGAAGUGGGUUUGUAAACUGAAAUGUUUGUUCCUCAUUUAUAUAUCUACAUACUGAAGUGAUUAAAACAGAAAGCAAAUUUAGAAUUUAGUGGGUUUUUUUUCAAUUAAGUUGUUUCUUUCCAGCAGCUUUUUUCUGCAUUUUUGAAUUUUUCCUCAAAGCUUCGUUUUAUUGGCUGAUAUGUAUUUGGCAUUUUUCUUGGGGAUCUGUUCUGUUAUCAGUUUUUAUGAGUGGUGUCGGGAAUAUUAAGGCCAUUAUUGAACCAAGUGUGACAUUCCUAGAUUUUAAUGUUCCCUGUACAGAGUAAAUUUAAUACAUAAAUAAAGUGGUUCUGAAAAGUCAA